AUGUCACGGCUUCUUAUUGGCUCGUCUGUUGCGGGCACUAGCUUAGUGGUUCUGGCAUCGAUCGUUGCAAUAAUUCACCUGUUCGGUCAAAUCAACUCGUUCUACUUCGAGAUCCUCGAAGAAAUGGAUCAAUUCAAGUUAAUGGCAAACGAUGCCUGGGACAAUAUGAUGGAAAUGAAUCGCCUUCGUGUCUCUGAUUUUGACAUCGAACCGAUGAGUGAAGAGCAAACUGAGGAUAGCAUUGUACGAGAGAAACGACAUAACAUGAAUCAAGAAGCUUGGAAUACGCGAAUGAGAGCACGAAAAAGCUGGAGAGCCUCUUCAGGCGGUGUCCCUCGGCAACAACGCGUAGCUGCAGCUCGAGGCUAUAACGAUGGCUCGAGCGGACGGUAUUCAUCGAGAGAUGCGGCCGUUGAACAGACUUCCUCAGCUCAAGUCAACAACGCACCCGAACAGUCAAAUAGUGCCCCGAUGCAGUGUCCACCUGGACCACCCGGACCUCCAGGCAUACCUGGCAGUGCAGGAGACGCUGGUGAGAGAGGCUUGGAUGGAAGACCUGGUUUAAGCGGUGUGGCUGUCGCGGUGAACGGGGGAGUCAACGGAUGCAUAAAGUGCCCAGCUGGACCACCGGGACUACCUGGAUCUCUCGGCCCACCAGGUCUGGCUGGACCCGCAGGUGCCUCAGGAACUCGAGGUGUGGCUUUACCUGGACCUAAGGGUCCUCCAGGACCUCAGGGACCGGUUGGCCAGCCUGGUGCACCUGCUAGCGCCUCUGUGCUUGAUGCUCAAGGACCACCGGGACCAAUGGGAAUUGCCGGCAAGCCUGGAUUGGCCGGAAACAGAGGUGCACCUGGAGCCGAUGGACUAGCUGGUGAACCAGGCGCAGAUUCAGAGUAUUGUCCAUGCCCGAAACGACUAAACGGGAAUGCAGGAGCCAACAGAGGUCCAGUAAUAACUAAUUUCAACGGUGGUAGGGAUCUCAAUCGUGGAGGUGCGGCUCGUCGUGGCUACGUAAGGCCCAACGGAGCAUACGCAGCACCUCGUCAAUUCAACAGCCGUCGCGUUCCUGUGAUGAUCAGAAAAGGUUACGGUAGAACGUAG